AUCAAAUUCCAGGCCUAUUACUCAAGCCGCCUCCACUAAGCUAAAUGCAAAUUUCCUACCUAUCGAGAAGUGUGUUUAAACAACAAAUAUGAUUGAAGGGUUGUGAAAUGAGGGAGACCGAAGAGCAUGGGAGAUGCGUGGCACUUAACCUUUCAACAGAAGUUAUCAGACGAGUCUUUUGCCAGCUCGAUUGCAUUGACCUCAUUCAUUGUUCUCUUGUUUCCAGGCAAUGGCAUGCUGACUCUGCAGAGCUGAGAGAGGCUUGGAAAGCUGAAUACAUGGAUGCUUGUAUUGAUAGAGGAUUUCGUAUCUUGAGAGAAAAUAAUCCUCUUGCAAGAGUAGAGGCUUAUAUAUCUGGUGUGUUGGAUUAGCUCCCAAGCUAGGUAGACAUCAUCCCGAACAUUGAAAAUUGAAAUAUCUUUAAAGAUCCUCUAUAUUUUGUAUGUUUGGAGAAAGAGAGAGGGUGAGGGAAAGGUUUACUUGCAUUAAGUAUUUCAUUUGUAAAAUUUCAAUUAAUGUGUGGUCAUUAAAAUACUGCAUGAUGGGAAACCUUAAUCUUGCGUAUCUACUUUUCCCUGAGUAUCAUAGGAGAAACAUAUACAUUUAAUAGUUGUCAUCAACUUCAACAGUGUAUCUUUAUAAUCAAUAUUUAUUA